AUGCGUAGAUACAACUUUAGCACGCACACACCCACACUCGUCGCUGUGAGCUUACUUUACCUGCUAUUCACGCUACAAACUCUUCUUCUUGCCUACAACAUAGAAGACUCUUUGACGCCGACAUUAGAGAAAAUAACAGUAUUACCAAUAACAAAUCAUACAGCCAUUAAUGCACACACCAAACAACAACAACAAAAACGGCAUGCGAGCAGACAACGUAAUUAUGGUGCAUUGCAUGAGAUGUCGAUCGAUGUUGUGGCCGAUCAAGUGCAGCAAGAAGUAAAUGCAACAGCGAUUGUAUCGGCGUUGAUAUCCAAUGGCAUUGUCAACUUUGACCCUGAGAGCGGUUAUGUAUACGAAGACCGGCAAGGUCAUGUGGUAAAGCGGGAAAACAUCGAAUACGAUUUGUCCGGUUUGCGCGUGUACAAUGUAGGUGUGUUGAUGGCAUCACAUUUGGAUUCACCAUUCGAUUUGGAACGUUGUGGACCCGCGGUAGAUCUGGCUUUGGAUGUAAUUAAUGAGGAAUUUUUGAAGCCACAUAAAAUUAAAUUGCGCAAAGUACAAGCGAGUUAUCCCUCAUGUUCCGGCGCAAAAGCACCUGGAUUAGCUGCUGAUAUGCACUUUAAAGAUGAUGUUAUAGCCUUUAUCGGACCAGCUUGUGCAUUUGCCUUGGAACCGGUAGCGAGACUCGCAGCUUAUUGGAAUUCACCGAUUAUCACCGGCAUGGGUGAUCAGCCACCUUCUGAUGAUGAACUGACCGUCACCUCUGGGAUAUUGGGAAAAAUACACAAAUGGAAAAACGAAAGUACGGGCAUGUUUAAGGAUAAAAGUAAAUAUCCCACAUUGACACGCAUGUCCUAUUGCCAGUGUCGUCUCAAAUUGGUUUUUGCCAGCAUCUUUCGACAAUUUAAAUGGAAACAUGUGGCAUUGAUCAUCGACCGGUCGGACCUUUUCUCUCUCACCGUUGGCAAGAAUUUGGAGUAUGGUCUACGACAAGAGGGUCUACUUAGUUUUGUACGUGAGCUGAACGGUAAUGAACAAGAACCGUAUGAGAAUUAUCUGAAAGAUGCCAGUAUGUAUGCGAGAGUUGUAAUUUUAUCACUGCGCGGCAUGUUGGUGCGCAAAUUUAUGCUCGCCGCUUACACGUUGGGCAUGACGAACGGCGAUUGGGUGUUUCUCGAUGUGGAAAUAUUUCAGAGUUCUUAUUGGGGCGAUCACGAUUGGGAAAUGGGCGAUGCUUUGGAUAGUCAUGCACGCAAGGCUUAUGAGGCUUUACUUCGUGUUUCAUUGUUGCAACCCACCAAUCCGGAAUAUCAGGGUUUUGCUGAUCAAGUGCGCGUCAUGGCUAAAGCAUAUAAUUAUUCUUUCAGCGAUGGCGAGGAAGUUAAUUUCUUCAUUGGCGCCUUUUACGAUGGCGUCUAUUUACUCGGCAUGGCGUUUAAUGAAACUCUCACCGAAGGCGGUGAUAUUCGCGAUGGCGUGGCUAUAACUCGUCGUAUGUGGAAUCGCACUUUCCAUGGUAUAACCGGGCAUGUGCGGAUCGAUGAUAAUGGUGAUCGUGAUGCUGAUUAUUCGAUAUCGGAUUUGGAUCCGAUUAAUGGUAAAUUUGAAGUUGUCGCACACUAUUAUGGUCUACAUCGUGAGUAUUCAGCGGUAGCUGGCAAAAAAAUUCAUUGGCCCGGUGGUCAUGAAGGUCCACCGCCGGAUGUGCCACGUUGUGGCUUUUUAGGUAAUGCACCAGAAUGUCAUGGAAAUGGUGACGGCCACAAGCAGUUAAUGAUAAUGUACGGAACAUUUGCAUUUGCGAUUUUCUUUGGAUUCUCCUUUUUAGUGGUUUAUCUAAUGUGCAAGCAAAUGAAAUUAAAUAAUGAAUUAAAUAAUAUGUCAUGGCGUGUACGGCCCGACGAGGUGCUACUUGAGGUAGGACGUUUGCAUGGCAGCAAAGUUGGUCUGCAGAAACUCAAUGUGGAGAACUUCUCGCUCCAACAAUAUGAUAUACACUCCGGGCGCGCUUCCAUCGCCAGCUGCACAUCGCUACCACUCACACAGGUCUUCACCACAAUUGGCAUCUUCAAGGGUGAACGUGUUGCUAUUAAGAAGAUACAUCGCAAAAAGGUCGAUAUCACACCAACGCUUUUGUGGGAAAUCAAACAGGCCCGGGAUGUUAGUCAUGAGAAUACCGUACGUUUUGUUGGUGCAUGUAUAGAUUUGCCACGUCCCACAGUGCUCAUACUCACCGAAUAUUGUCCGAAAGGCAGCUUGAAGGAUGUGCUCGAAAAUGAGGCUAUACAAUUGGAUUGGAAUUUUCGUAUGUCACUCAUACAUGACAUUGUCAAGGGCAUGGCUUAUUUGCAUAAUAGUGAUGUGCAAGUGCAUGGGAAAUUGCGCUCAUGUAAUUGUCUCAUCGAUGGCAGAUUCGUAUUGAAAAUUUCAGACUUCGGCUUACGCUCGUUGACCACACCAUCGGAAUUUGUAAAAGAUCAAAAUUAUUUUAAUAAAUUUCUUUGGAUCGCGCCAGAGUUGUUACCCUUAACCGUUCUACCCGGCAAUCCGGCCACACAGAAGGGUGAUGUUUACUCCUUUGCAAUUAUAUUGGAAGAGAUCGUGGUGCGCGGUGGUCCCUAUGAAAUGAUACGCCAAUUUAUGGAUGUACAAAAUAUAUUAAAUCGUGUGGAGGCUCAUGAAUCACCGCCGUUUCGUCCAUUUGUUGUGCAACGUGAUUGUCCACCCGAUGUGCUUGACUUAAUGGAGAAGUGUUGGGCUGAUAAUCCCGAAGAUAGACCGGCCUUUGCUACCAUCAGGUCAACAGUGCGUUUGAUUAUGAAAGGUUUUUGCGAAAAUCUUAUGGACGAUUUACUAAGACGCAUGGAACAGUAUGCUAACAAUUUGGAGAGUUUAGUUGAGGAGAAGACGGAACAGUUGAGCAUGGAAAAGCGACGCACCGAAGAGCUACUCUAUCAAGUACUACCACGUCCGGUGGCAACGCAACUACUUGCUGGCGAAAUGGUACAACCGGAACAAUUUGAAUGUGUCACUAUAUAUUUUAGCGAUAUUGUGGGUUUCACCGCGCUUUGCGCUGAGAGUGGCCCAAUGGAGGUGGUUGCAUUCUUAAAUGAUCUCUACAGUACUUUUGAUCGCAUUAUUGGUUUCUAUGAUGUUUAUAAGGUUGAGACAAUUGGUGAUGCUUAUAUGGUAGUUUCCGGUCUGCCCGAACGUAAUGAUGAUCAUGCACGUGAGAUUGGCUUAAUGUCCCUUGCCAUUUUGGAUGCCGUUAAAUCAUUUACCAUACGUCAUAAGCCGGAUUAUCAGUUGAAAAUACGUAUUGGCAUACACGCGGGACCAGUUUGUGCCGGCGUUGUGGGUCAGAAGAUGCCACAUUAUUGUCUCUUUGGUGAUACAGUUAAUACAGCUUCGCGUAUGGAGUCUGGAGGAUUGCCACUUAAAAUACACGUUUCAUCAGCGGCUAAAAUAAUUUUCGAUAAAUUUGGCACAUUUGAAAUGGAACUACGCGGUGAAGUGGAAUUGAAAGGCAAAGGUACAGUUACAACAUAUUGGCUUUUGGGUUGCACCGAACCAGAUCCACGACCACCUACACCACAAAAGACAAAUAAUGGUGAGGUACCAUUUCCGAUACUAUUUCCAGCGAUUGGGAAAUAGCUCUCCACUGCUGAGGGCUUAGAGCAGGAUGGCAUGGUUUCUGAUAGUUAAGCUACGCUCAAUUGUUACCUGUACAAAGGGAGUUCUUACUACCCAAAUAUUAUAGUAUUUAUUUAAUUUUAUAUACAUACAUAUAUGUUAGAUGUAGAAGAAUUUAUUGCUUACUGUAUUGUAUGUACUUGUACUUGUAUAUAUGUACACCGUAUUCUCCGCCAAUAACAUAUUCAGUCAUUCUAGUACAAGUCUAUAUGUACCUAAAAUUUUAUA